AUGUUAAAAGAAGAAAAAGGUAGUAAUUUUGAGAAGUAUAGUGACUUAGCUAUACCAGGUACGGUGCAUUUGGUAGACUUGGAAGGGAUCUUAAACGUUAAGAAGGAUAAACAUUCCCAUUCAUUCCAUAAUAUAAUUCUUCAACCCCAACCUUCGUGCAAUCCAAAUGACCCUCUCAGGUGGAGUAAAUCAAAAAAACAACAACAAUUUUGGUUAUUAUGGGUUUGGGCUUUCCUACUUGCAGUGGCUGUAAAUUGGACCGGUCCAAUAUGGACUGAUUGGACGGUAGAAUUUAAUUGCACUUUUACUGAAUUAAAUAUUUCGUCUGCAAUCUGCUUCUUGUUUCUUGGCUUAGGUUGUGUUUUCUUACAACCCACUGCAAUGAAAUUAGGUAGGCGGUUUGUAUAUUUAACAUGUACAAUAAUUGUAAUAGUUGGUAACAUAAUUGGUUCGCAAGCUAUUUCAGUUGAGUAUUUAUACGUUUCUAAUUUAUUGGCAGGAUUCGCAGCAGCUCCUGUUGACUCAUUAGUUGAAAUUUCUACUACAGAUGUAUUUUUCCAACAUGAACGGGCCGAGUACUUAUCCUGGUUUGUUUUUGCUCUUUAUGCUGGCUCUGACCUUGGGCCAGUUGCAUGUGGUUUUAUUAUACAAACUAUGAGCUGGCGGUGGUGUUUUUAUUUUCAAAUUAUUUUUUUCGCUGUAUUAUUAGUUGUACAGUUGUUUUUCAUGGAAGAUACAACAUUUGAGAGAUCCAAAGAUGUUUUAAAAAAUUUUGAAAGUUUAAAUGUUGAUGAAGGAAUAACCUCUACUGAAAUAGGGGAGAUGGAACCAUACAGAAAUAAAAAUGAGAAGCAUAAGAAUAAGAACAAUACUAACGAGAUUGAAAAUAUUUCCAUUUCUGAUAUUUCCUCAAGUGACUCUUUUGUUCCUAUUAGAACUUAUUGGCAGAGAAUGAGAUUAAUUGAACUUGAAUUUAGUGAUUCCAGAUCUUGGUUUGAGCUAUUCUAUAAGCCUUUUCUUUUAAUCACAUUCCCAAGUGUUGUCUGGGGUGGUCUUAUAUACGGUUCCCAAAUGAUGUGGUUGUCUUUGUUAGCAACUACCCAAUCAGAGAUAUACGCAACUUCUCCAUAUAAUUUCUCCUCGGCAAUAGUUGGCCUAACAAAUAUAGGUGCAUUAAUUGGAUCUCUUAUUGGCAUGAUAUAUGGUGGAAAAUUUGUGGAUUAUUGUACCAUCAAAUUGACUUCACAAAAUGAAGGAAUAUUUGAACCAGAAUUUAGAUUAUGGACUAUGAUUGUUCCUACCAUAUUCAAUGCAGCCGGUCUUCUUGCAUAUGGAUUAGGUACUGCCUAUAAAUCAAAUUGGACAGUAUCUGUUAUUAUUGGACAAGGUUUACUUGGGUUUGCAAUGAGUUCGUCUGGAUCUAUUUGCUUAACAUACGUGGUUGAUGCUUAUCCUAAAAUAGCAAGUGAAGCCUUAGUCUUAAUGUUAUUUAUCAGAAAUUGUAUAGGCUGCAGUUUCACAUUUGCUAUUCAGCCUUGGUUGGACCAGUGUGGUUUGAAGCUCACAACUUGGUUGAUGUUUAUGCUAUCUAUCCUCAUCAACGGUAGCUUCGUCAUUAUGUUGAAAUGGGGCAAAACUUUUAGAAGAGCCACUACCAAAAGAUAUUAUGAAUACUGCGGGUCCAGCAGUAUUCUUGAGCGGGCAUUGCCUUCGAAUAAUAACGUAGAUGCAAUAAACAAAUAG